GGUCACAGUGCGCAGUCUGCGCAAGAGCCGCUCUAACCGGAGAGCAAGACGUGGGCUCAAGAGCUUGUGUUGUCAGACUUGCCUUGAGUAUCGGGCACUGGCGGUCAGGCCUGCAGUAGUGUGUCAACUCCCGGGUCUCUUAGCGGCACGCAGAGUUGCGUGCUGGCUGCUUUGAGCGUACAAUGUACCUGAUUUUUUGGCGCUGAAAUUGCCUGUAUCUCUGAAGUGCUUUUCCAGGUUCCCCAAACCGCCGUCACCCGGGCGCUCCGCUCCUGUUUGCUGGGACACAACGUGCGUCCCCUGGCAGCCAGUCAGCGUGUCCCUGGCGUGCGGGGCGCGGUGUCUUACGUUCUGUCCCGUGCCGUGUGUCUGUCCGGUCAGGGAUUCCCUCACUCGUUCCCCAGCCAGGCUGCCGGGCCCGCUUGGAACCGGCUCUGAGGUAGGAGCAGCAGUACCUUAUGUAUAAACUUAAUGCUGGAUUUAUAUUUGUUAAACUUUGCCAGAUAACAGCUUAGAAUCUUAUGCAUUGAACUUCAGAGUAGUGCACGCUCAAGUUUAGCAUUCGCUGUUGAAACUGGGACCAGCUCUCUGACAUCGUGGUCUCAGCUCUUCGAGCCGUGUGGGGAGGCGCCGCGGUCCUGCUGGCCGGGCUCGCGGUCCUGGUGGCCGGGCUCGCGGUCCUGGUGGCCGGGCUCGCGGUCCUGGUGGCCGGGCUCGCGGUCCUGGUGGCCGGGCUCGCGGCCGGCCAGGUGUGCAAGGCUGGUCCUCCUCCCCAGUUCUGGCAGCUUCUGGGCAGUUCCGGAAGAGCACGGCGAUUGUAAAGAUCAGUUUUGAUUUAAGCAAAACACGUCACAGGUAUCCAUAGUAUAUCAAAGUGGUUUUGCGAUUCGGAGUUUGUGCUUCUGAGUGUUACUAUAUUUCAAUAAGAAAUGCAAAUUUUCUUGUUUAAUCACAAAUAAUCCAGGAUUACAUAAUACCGUGGGUUGUUUUGUUGUUGUUUUUUAAAUAGUGACAGGUCUGCUUUAAUUAGAAAGACUCUAAUACAGAUUAAGGCAUUAGGCAAACUGGAAUCCUCCCAUCUCUCAGUGAAAUUAUCGGAGUGCUGGGAGCACCAUUUAGAUAAUCAAAAUUACAGAGUGUUUCAUUAAGGCAUGUGCAGUCAGUCAUACUAGAACAAAUGCUCAAAACCCAAAAUCAUGAACUUUUGAGACCUAUCAGAUGAUCUUUCCCAAAAUAGCCUGUGAUCCAGGCAGCAGAUGCUGCAGAUCCGCGCCUAAGCAGGCGUGGAGAGGCCGGCGGUGCGAGCGCAGGUGUGAGAGCUGAGGAGCCGCACGAGCCGCGGCACGCGAGCAGCCCCAGCCGUCCCCUUCCGGCGGGCAGGGCUGAGCACGCGGGCCGUCCUGUGCAGGCGGGACAGCCGGGAGGAGCUGCGGCCAACCGCGGCAAGCAGCACGAUGGCGUUGGCUUCUCGUGACUGCCUCUUGGAAAAAGAGUUCAGAGGCAAACCAACCCUGUGAGAAGCAGAUGAAGAAAAAUCAAUGUAUUUCUGUCCAAUCUGAUAAGAUACUAACGGAUAAAAAGGAUUGGGCUUUUUGCUUACCGAAGAAUUUGUUUUCAAAUCUCAUUUGACUGUAAAUCCGUGAGAGUCUUCUGCUCAGUAGCCCGAAUUGUAUGAUUUUACUAUGGCCAUUUAAUCAACGGGCGUUUGAGCUCAGAUCUGUUGUGCUCCAGGGAGUGUUUCCAUCUCUCUGGAAGUGAGAGGCUCACGACUGAAGACGUCAAAGUGCUAUUGCACAUUAUAAUUGUGUGUGUAAAAUUAGCUUAAGGCAUUAAUAUAAAAAGUAGGUAGCUGCAUCUAAUGAUUUUUUUUUUAGUAAUCUGAACCAUCUGCCUCCAGAUAUUAAGGAGUUCGCUCUUUAAUCCAGAUUAUGGCUGACAAACUGGUUUUGGCAUUCACGUUUCACUAGCAUUGUGCCCUUGAGGAGCUGGUGUGGCUGUAGAAAUUCUCUUGCCUACAGUUGUUGGUUUGGAAACGUUCUCGGUGUGGUUUUGCGUUCUCGUAGCUGUUUGCUCCUAGCUCCUUCCUCCUGAAGAUGGCCUUUCUAAUGAAAACCAUGUUGAGCAACCAGGUAAAGAACUUGGGACUCGGAGGUGGAGGGGAAGAAAGCAAAGAAGAAAGCGCUCCUUCCGACCCAGCCGCGGCCGCGGGGAUGACCAGAGAGGAGUAUGAGGAGUAUCAGAAGCAGAUGGUUGAGGAGAAAAUGGAAAGAGAUGCGGCAUUUGCACAGAAAAAAGCAGAGCGAGCCUGUCUGAGGGUUCAUCUGAGAGAAAAGUACAGACUCCCUAAGAGUGAAUUGGAUGAGAAUCAAAUACAGAUGGCUGGAGAUGAUGUGGGGUUGCCAGAAGACCUUCAGAAGAUGGUGGCAGAAGAUCAGGUGGAGGAAGAAGACAAAGACUCUAUCCUGGGACAGCUGCAGAACAUCCAGAAUAUGGACAUGGAUGCGAUCAAAGAAAAGGCACAAGCCACCUUCACUGAAAUGAAACAGGCUGCUGAGCAGAAAUGUUCUGUGAUGUAGAAGAGAUACCCCUACCCAAGGGAGGCAGAUUCAGCCUUGUCUCAGUGGGGCUGCAGAGCAGGAGCGAGCAGAAGAAUGCACUUAGGUCUAUAGCAUUAAGUGUAAGUAUAGAGAACCGAGAGAGAGAGACUUUAAAACCCCGCGGGGGGUCCAUUUACGUGCUGUGACUGCUUAGUGCAACGACAGAACUGAACCUCAUUUUUAAACAACAUUUUUCCCCAUGGAGCAAGGUUUAAGAAAGCUAAUAUUGAGGAAAAAAUGUGCCUUUUUCCAUUUUUCAAAGAGAUCAAAAUGCUAUUAAAUGUGUAUUUUUAGGCAAAA